GCAGCAGCAGCAGCAGCAGCAGCAGCAGCAGCAGCAGCAGCAGCAGCAGCAGCAGCAGCAGCAGCAGCAGCAGCAGCAGCAGCAAGUGCGGCGGGAAGGAGGAGGCAGCCAGCGCAGAAAACACGCACCAACAGCAGCAGCAGCAGCUGCUGCAGCUGCUGCUGCGUCUGCUGCAGCAGCAGCAAAAACGGCGCGAAAAAAGCAGCAAAAACCGCAGAAACACCGCAGCAGCAGCAGCAGCAGCAGCAGCAGCAGCAGCAGCAGCAAAGGGGACUGACGGCAGAACUGCUUGGAGAGCUGAGUGACAACAUUGUCUCCUUCCGCAAGAAUAGUCCCCCCCGGAGUUGUGGGCUGGCCGUAGCAGGAGACAGGGGCCCCACAGUCGUCGACGCAGGUCUUGUCCUGCAGCAGCCAACUGAAGGAGACAGUUGUCUCCUUUUGGGGCCCCUCGGGGGCCCCCUGUGUCUCCUCCUGGGGGCCCCCGGGGGCCCCCCCGGAGGCCCCCGCAGUACCCUCUUGGGGGGCCAAAAAGGCCUCCGAAAAGGAGACAGGAGACACACAUCGCCACAAGUCCGAAGAGUCUCUUCGCGCCACCGCAGAGGGCCCGCACAAAGCGUCCAGAGUCUUCUGCACCCGAGAAGUGUCUGCAGCAGCAGCAGCAGCAGCAGCAGCAGCAGCAGCAGCAGCAGCAGCAGCAGCAAGGCAGCAGCAGCAGCAGCAGCAGCAAGGGAGCAGCAAGGCAGCAGCAGCAGCAAAGGAGCAGCAGCAGAAGCGGAGGAUAGAGAGAUUUGA